GUGUGAAACAUCAACGCUGCCAUUUUCGUUUUGUGGCACGGUUAUAGCGGCAGACUUAUUGAAAUAUAUUGAAAAUAUCAUUUAUUUAUUUGUAGAAUCAGUGCAGGAAGUUAUAAAUAUUGUGUGCUUAUGCAAGUGAAAAUUAUUUAGGACGUUUUUAGAGUGAAUAUUAAAUCGAGUAAUUGUUGACUUCCUUGGGUGGAUCGGUGAUGCACACGAGGUAGCCGGCACCGAAGCGCGCAGCCAUGCCGCUGCCGAAGCGCUGCGUGGAGCCGGUGCACGUGUCGCGCGGGACCGUGCCCGAGCGCCUCGACGUGCCGUCCGAGCUAGAGGCAGUCACGAACGGAACACUUGCCAACACUGUCAGACAGCUUUCGUCUCUGUCCAAACAUGCGGAGGAUAUGUUCGGCGAGUUGACGCGGGAGGCAACGAGCCUGGCGGAAAGGACAAAUGUACUGCAAGCAAGAAUUGAUAGGCUUGCUAUAAAGGUCACACAGUUGGACUCUGGCGUAGAAGAAGUGUCCCUUCAAGACAUCCAAAUGCGGAAGGCGUUCCGUUCGUCUCGAACCUUCCAGCAACAGCUGUUCUCUCGAACCACGAUGCCGUCUGCGAUGCUCGCGACGUACGCUCGCUGCGACCGCCCGCCGCCUCUCGAGCGACUCAACGAGUUCCGAGAUGACGGUCGAGACGCUAGGAAGUUCUAUACAGAUCCGGAUUACUUCUUCGAGCUCUGGCGUAGGGAGAUGCUGCAAGACACCGAGAGGAUCCAGCACGAUCGAGGGAAGAAGGUCCGUCAACCACGCAGCGGUGGAGCGGACGGUCGCGGCACGAGGCGCGUUCGCGUCCCGCAUUCGACGCGCGACCGGCAGAAGGCGGAGGUGGUGACGCGCGGGGAACACAUCAUGGCGCCCAACCAGCUGCGGCGGUACAACAUCGAGCAGUACCGACCCGACCCGCUCUAUCAGACAACUACAAUGACGGAUGGUGGAUAUAGAGCGCCUCAAAGCCGACCUGCGUCAUCACAGCCCGCGCGACCAAACUCCAUCGAAAUCGAGAACCAGCAAAACAGGACUCCUAGGCUCACUGGAAAUGGACACGUAAUGGGAGAGGAAAGUCCAUAUGGACCUAUCGAGCCAAUAUACGGAGGUAGUAUCGCGGGAACUCCGCGCAGAGCUAGACCUUCCAUUCCUCCGCCUGCGCCCCCGGCACCACUGCAGCCAGACACGCCACCACACCAUACACCUACAAGAUCUGCGUUGCCACCGCCGCCACCGCCGCCUGAAGGUACUUCUCCUCCACCCGUACUCAACGGCGCUUCGCCUCCGCAUCGCACGGCGCUGGAUGCACAUCUCGAUCAGAUGCAUGCCGUCAUUGGCAUGAUGUCAUCCGAGGAUCUGCCGCCUCGCGCACCUACGCCUCCACCUGCACCUCCAGCUCCUCCACCGCCAGAAGAUGAGCACCGACCUCGGCCUCCCUCGCCGGCCUCACUGCUACGGGGUGCCUCUGCCCUUAAGCCGCCGCGUCCUGCUGCCGACCCUGCGCCUGAUCCACGUUCAGAUUUACUCAAAGCAAUACGUGAAGGUAUCAAACUGCGUAAAGUGGAGAAGCGAUGUGAGGAGAACACUGGCAAAUACGAUACGCUUCGCGGGGUGCCAGCGCUACACGAUGUAGCGUCCAUUCUCGCAAGGCGCGUUGCCGUGGAACAGAGCGACACCAGCUCCGGCAACGACACCGACUCGGACGACUCCGACCAGUGGACCGACUCCCGCGCGUGACG